CAGACCUAAUCUGCAGUCCAAUUAAUGCAUCUGUAGCGAAGGCACUUGGUGUGUCAUGCAUACAUUAGUGCUUGAGAAGAGCAGGAGUCUAAGGGGGAGACCGAGGAGGUUCUACUUUGAGUGUCAUCACAAAUUACCAGAAGAACUUGCAGUCUCGCUCACUCUCUUCUCCUCUCGUCCGCUUUUGGCAGGAGCUGAGGGAGACGAGCCACCAACCCUACCGCCUCUCUUUCUCUCCCUCGCUCUCUCUCUCUCUCUCUCCAACACGCGCGCACUCCUUCUCUCCCUCACUCGUUUUCUUUUUCUUAUACCUCUCUUUCGCGUCUGAUACUUCUCAUAUAGUGUUUUAAGUUCUGUUUCCUUUGUUUUUUAAACUCUUUUUGUUAAAGAAAUGGAUUGACGGUAGAUCGCUUCCUGCGCUUCUGCUUUUACCGCUUCGGUUUUUUUCGCCCCUAACUUUUUUUUUUGGUUUCUUUUGGCAAUUUUUUUUUUUCUCAUGGCAAGACAUGCUGGUUGUGGUUUAACACAAACGUGAUGCUUCAGGAAUUAAGCGCGAGUGUCUUCUUCCCAUCUUGCUUGCAGCACCGACCUUUAGCUCAAGUUCCUGACAAUGAUGAGCAGUUUGUUCCUGACUUUCAGAGCGAAAACUUGGCGUUCCACGGGCUGCAGUUGAGGAUAAAGAGAGAGCCCCACAGUCCGUGUACUGAUCUGGGCUCAGCCUGCAGUCAGGACAGGCCCUUCAGACUCCACUAUGGGGAGAAGUGCCUGUAUAACAUCAGUGCCUACGAGCAGAAGCAUCCCUCGGGAAUGAAGGCCUCCAGCCCAGUGUCUACCCCCUGCAGCACGCCCGUGUCUCCUGGCCAGCAUGUGUCUCCCACUGCCGCCCCUACCCCCAAACCAGACAGGACGUACCCUCACCUCGCACCCCCACAGACCCUCCCUGACAGCGCUUACCCCAUGGACCACAGUGUUUUGUUCAGAUUUCGGCGGCAGUUGUCGGAGCCGUGUCAUUCGUUCCCUUCUCCUUCGAUGUCGCGGGACGGACGACCCAUGUAUCACAGACAGAUGUCGGAACCCAGCAUCCCCUUCCCUCCUCAGGGGUUCAAGCAGGAGUACGCCGACCCCCUCUUCGAGCAUCCGGCCAUGGUGGGGGCGCCUCUUCCCCAGACGUACCCGCACUCCAUGAUGAUCAAACAAGAGCCCCGCGACUUCACCUACGACUCAGAAGUGCCUAGCUGUCACUCUGUAUAUCUUAGACAAGAGGGAUAUCUGGCGCACAGUAACAGAACAGAGGGCUGCAUGUUCGACAAAGUUGCAAGGCACUUCUAUGACGACACUUGCGUAGUGCCGGAGAAGGCGGAGGGUGACAUAAAGCAGGAGGCGGGGCUGUACCGAGAAGGCCCAACCUAUCAGAGACGGGGUUCGCUGCAGCUCUGGCAGUUUCUGGUCGCCCUACUGGAUGACCCCUCAAACUCACACUUCAUUGCGUGGACGGGCCGGGGCAUGGAGUUUAAACUCAUUGAGCCUGAGGAGGUGGCACGACGCUGGGGAAUUCAGAAGAAUCGACCUGCAAUGAACUACGACAAACUGAGCAGAUCGUUGCGCUACUAUUAUGAAAAAGGGAUCAUGCAAAAGGUGGCAGGUGAAAGAUAUGUGUAUAAGUUUGUCUGCGACCCCGAGGCUUUGUUCUCCAUGGCUUUCCCUGACAAUCAGCGUCCGGUGCUGAAGACUGACCUGGAGCGGCAGAUCAACGAGGAAGACACCGUGCCGUUGUCACACUUCGACGAGAACAUGGCGUACAUUCAAGAGGGCGGCUACUGCAACCCGCACCCGUACAACGAGGGCUACGUCUACUGAAAACUGCUACAAGAACAGUCCGGCCGUUUCGACACAAAACAAACUUUCAGACUGUCCCUCAUUUCCUUCAGUCAUACCCCAGGACAAAAGAGAGCACUUUAUGGACAGAGGACGAUGGCAGUGUGUAAACCUACAAACUUACUGGUGUAGUUGCGUUAGAUGCUCCUUUGGUGUUUUUUUGUUGCUAUUGAAGGGGAUGGGGUGUUUCAGCAUGCCGUUUUCUCACAGCGGAAGACUCUCGAGGGCAAAUGGCCUCUCUCCGGACAGAUGUUUUGAACUAUUUAGACAGGUUAGAGUCUGGAGCACGUGAGUGGAAAAAUCCCAAACUCUUUUACCAUUGAAACUCUUGGAUUGUUUGUGGAGCGCUUUGUUAUUUUUGCACAUUUUCACGUUUGUUUUGUUUUUCUCUCCCUUGGUGUCAAACUGAGUAAAUAAUACAGUGUAUUACUAUGGAAAUAAAAUCCUUCAAACUCUC